AUGUUUGCAUCGAGAUUUGAUCCUAGUCAACUGACUGCUCCCGUUGCUAGUGCGCCAGAAAAAGCAGUAAAACCUCCAUCACAGUCCAUUGUACCUUUAAAGAGACAAGCCACUGGAUCUGAUGACGAAGAAGAUGAUUUUCGCCAAGAUUCAGAUGAAGGCUCUAACGUAAGUUCGGAGGAUGAUGAUGACCGUAUGCAAGUGACAUAUGGGACGAGCGAAGAAGAUUCCAGUGAAGCAGAGGAGAAAGAGAACAUAUCAAGUACUCAUAACACCGUGCUUUCAAGAUUCAAGCAAACAGUGUCAUUACAAGACAAACUGAGUGCAUCUGAUAUUGCCGAAAAGAAAGAGGGCGAAAGUCUCGAGGAUGAAGCAGUGUCAACUCAUCAACUGGAGCAAAUUCCCCAGCCUGAUUUCGUUAAAAACCCAAUGAACUUGAAUAGGAAUUCGUUAGAUUUCAAAUCUACUGGUUGGUUAAAUACUGAAAAGAUAUUCUACGACAAUUCUAUGAUCAGACCAUUCUCUGAUUACGAAAAUGAACUAGAAGCAAGGCUAUUGCAAAAUAUUUGCAAUAAUUUCUCGGUGAAUACUUUCCCCAUCCAAUCAAUCAUCCUGGAUUCCAUAUUACCGGUAUUAAACUUCACGUUAAACAUAUCUAGGCGGAAUUUUACCAGAAGAAUUGGUGAUAUUCUCGUAAAUGCUGCUACAGGUUCGGGUAAAACUUUGGCAUACUCCAUUCCCAUUGUUCAAACACUGUUUAAGAGGCAAAUCAACAAAUUGCGUUGCCUAAUUGUCGUUCCCACAAAACUACUGAUCAACCAAGUUUAUACCACGUUGACAAAACUAACGCAAGGGACGUCACUGAUUGUUAGCAUUGCCAAAUUAGAAAAUUCAUUAAAGGAUGAACAUAGAAAACUCUUAAAUCUGGAACCAGAUAUUUUAAUCACCACUCCCGGUAGAUUAGUAGAUCAUCUAAAUAUGAAGUCGAUAAACUUGAAGAACUUAAAGUUUCUGAUUAUUGAUGAAGCAGAUCGUCUUUUGAACCAAUCUUUCCAGGGCUGGUGUCCAAAACUAAUGUCACAGUUGAAAACAGAUAAAUUAGACACGUUUCCGGGAAACGUGAUCAAAAUGAUCUUUAGUGCAACGUUAACUACUAACACAGAAAAACUGAACGAUUUGAAUUUGUACAAACCAAAGCUGUUUUUGAAGCAAACCGAUAAACUGUACCAACUACCCAACAAAUUAGAGGAAUUCAACAUUAACGUUCCCACGGCGAAAAGUGUUUACAAGCCGUUGAUCUUGUUAUAUUCAAUAUGCCAAUUUAUAGCACACCCCCCCACUGCUGCAAAGAUCUUAGUUUUCGUGAAGUCGAAUGAAUCUUCUAUCAGAUUGAGUAAAUUGUUACAACUUAUCUGCGAAUCCCGCUCACAAUCCGACAUGUUAAGGAAACUUCAGUGUUUCGAAGUAAGUAUCAAUUCUGUCAAUUCAAAUAACUCCAAAUCCGAAAAUAAAAAAAUUGUUGCAAAUUUCUCGCACCAUUCGAAAAGUCAAAGCAUUACGAUUUUAAUUACCACUGAUAUCAUGUCGCGUGGUAUCGAUAUCAACAAUAUUACUCAAGUGAUAAAUUAUGAUCCGCCAAUGUCUUCUCAACAAUACGUGCAUCGUGUUGGUAGAACCGCAAGAGCUAACGAGGUUGGGUCCGCUUAUAACUUAUUAGUAGGUAGGGGUGAAAGAACGUUCUUCAAUGAUUUAAAUAAAGAUCUGGAUAGAGAUGGCAAAUUAGUCAAACCAUUAGAAUUCGAUUUUACCUUAUUGGAAUCUGACUCUGAGCUCUAUAACUUGUCUUUGGAAAGUUUAAAAAACUACCAUAAAAACACUGAAAAUCAUUGA